UCUACUAUGUUUUACUCGGACUUUUCUUCGAGAACAUAGUACAAUCAAGUUUUAAUCCGUUCGUCGAGCAGACAAUGCUUUUGUAAUGUUAUAAUCUCUAAAAGGACAAAUCAGUAUGAAUAGAGAGUCAGGUAGUAAAUUCAGAGGAUGUACACAGCAAAUUCAGCUCACUGUUACCUUAUCUAAAUAGGUCUCAUUUUCGCUACAUAUCACCGGAUUCCGAAAUUUUCAAACGCGAUCAGAGUCCGGGGGAUAAACGUUCCUUCUCCACGGUAGACGUCAUCGUAUUUCGUCGUAAACAUCGUCGUAUUUUGACGUAUACUACAAUAUCCAUCAUCGUAAACUGCAGUAUCGUUCCUCGUAAACUGUAGUAUACGGUCGUUUACGACUGUCGUAAUCAUCAUCCUGGGAUCUAGCGGAUCAUGCAGAAUAAACAAAAGAGAAAGAAAAACAAAGAGGACGACGUAAAACGUGAGUAGAUUAGAAUCAUUUGUUCAAAAUACAUUUAUUGCGCUCAAAUUGAUUAGUGUACUUUGGUUUUCACGUGCAUUGUAGUCUGUUAUAAUCUGUUUCUAUUUAUUUUUAGGCACAACAUCAAAAAUUACACAAAAACAAUCUGUUGUUUGCUCUGACUGCUGCUUUUAACUGUUGGUCAACAACAAUGGUCAUUUGACCGCUGGCCUUUUUAUUAGGAAUCAAUAAAGAUAUAAACCAACUGUUGGACAUACCAUGACCGUAUUAAAAUGACUUUAUCCAAUUGUGAUUGUGUGCAUUGAAAAAGUUGUUCCAUUGAGGAAAUGAGAACCAUAUUAUAAAUAAAUAAUACUUAAAUAUUUUACUCUUUUUGAUUUUAGUUUUUAAAGCAAAGACGUUAUGAUUGACUGACUUACGUGUAGUAAUCGAUCAAAUAUUUGAUAUAUUAAGUUUCAGGCAUAUCAAUUCAGUCGAGAAAUUUUAAAAGCUUGUUCGACCAAAACUGAUUUCAUAUACGGACUCGACAUAGUCGAUUACUUUGUAUGCAACAAGUUGUGAAUCGGGGUACUCCGGAAAACGUUUUCUCCAUUGUUUUGCAAAAGAAUUUUUUACGAAGUUCCUGGAGGAGACUAAGGGUUGAAUGAGUAUCUCGAUUCACAAUUUGUUACGUACAAGAUAACCGACUAUGGAGAGUCUGAAUCUGCGAUCAGUUUUGGCCAAACAAGCUUUUAAAAUUUCACGUCUGAAUGAUAUGACAGAAUGGGGGAAGUUAGAAGUUAGCACUUAUAACGAGAGAUCGAUAGCACCUAUUGCAGUUUCUGAAUUUCUUUGUGAUCAUAUUUUUCUCUCUCUCUUAGUACGAGUAUAUCUGUCGAUAUUGCACAAGAUAUAUUUGAAAAGGAUACUGAAGAUGAAAAAGCCAAUGAAGAAUUGCAACCACAAAAAUCUGUACCAUGUCGUUUAUUAGCAGAUACAAUUUUACAGCGUUUAGUAGAAAAUCUUAUUUUAAAACAAAUUAUGGCUGGUGAUAUACCUGUUUGA